UGCAGCAGGCACUAAAAUGGCCAAGCCAAUGGCCAAGUGUCUACCCGGUAUAUAAACAGGGAGCAAAGACCUCCACAGUUGGGUGACCCCUAUUUUGCUGUGGUGAACAGGAUCUGAUCCCAAGGACUGUUACUUCUGUUCUUGUCUGGUGUGCAGUGUUAGAAAGCAACCAUGCCUUUCGGAAACACCCACAACAACUUCAAACUCAACUACAAACCUGAGGAGGAGUUCCCUGACCUGUCAAAGCACAACAACCACAUGGCCAAGGUCCUGACCAAGGAAAUAUAUGCCAAGUUGAGGGACAAGCAGACACCUAGUGGCUACACCCUGGAUGAUGUCAUCCAGACUGGUGUUGACAACCCCGGUCACCCCUUCAUCAUGACUGUUGGCUGCGUUGCUGGUGAUGAGGAGUCCUACGAGGUCUUCAAGGAUCUGCUUGACCCCGUCAUCUCUGACCGUCAUGGUGGAUACAAGCCCACUGACAAGCACAAGACCGAUCUGAACUUCGAGAACCUGAAGGGUGGUGACGACCUGGACCCCAACUAUGUUCUGUCCAGCCGUGUCCGUACUGGCCGCAGCAUCAAGGGAUUCACCCUGCCUCCCCACAACAGCCGUGGCGAACGCAGAGCUAUUGAGAAGCUGUCCGUUGAGGCCCUGACCAGCCUGGAUGGUGAGUUCAAGGGAAAGUACUAUCCCCUGAAGUCCAUGACUGAUGCUGAGCAGGAGCAGCUGAUUGCUGAUCACUUCCUGUUUGACAAGCCUGUCUCUCCCCUGCUGACCUGCGCCGGUAUGGCCCGCGACUGGCCCGAUGCAAGAGGAAUCUGGCACAAUGACAACAAGACCUUCCUGGUCUGGGUGAACGAGGAGGAUCACCUGCGUGUCAUCUCCAUGCAGAAGGGCGGCAACAUGAGGGAGGUCUUCAGGCGUUUCUGCGUUGGCCUGCAGAAGAUUGAGACGAUCUUCAAGAAGCACAACCACGGCUUCAUGUGGAACGAGCAUCUUGGUUACAUCCUGACCUGCCCCUCCAACCUGGGUACUGGCCUGCGUGGUGGAGUCCACGUCAAGCUGCCUAAGCUUAGCACACACCCUAAGUUUGAGGAGAUCCUCACCAGGCUGCGUCUGCAGAAGCGUGGCACAGGUGGUGUGGACACCGCUUCAGUGGGUGGUGUGUUCGACAUCUCCAACGCCGACCGUCUGGGCUCCUCCGAGGUGGAGCAGGUCCAGCUGGUGGUUGAUGGUGUCAAACUGAUGGUCGAGAUGGAGAAGAAGCUGGAGAAGGGAGAGGCCAUUGACAGCAUGAUCCCUGCUCAGAAGUAAAGAAGGACAAUUUUUUUGUUUUUCUUGUGACCAUUCAUGUGCAAUGGAGCCAACUGAUGGGCGUGCAGAGCAAACAGCUGCUCCCCUAGAGACUCCUGACUCUGCUCACCUCUUUUUCAUCCUUCCAGCUUUUUUUCAUUACUCUGCCCUUGUUUUUCCAAGUUCUCCACAGUCGGUUAGUAACAUCCUGGGAUCAGCCUCCACUGAGCUGGGCUUGCCUGGCAGAUGUGGCAUCACCUACUUUUUGUUAUAAAAAGUAAUGAUUACCGAAGCUGUUCAUACUGCUAAAUAAAAAGUGCCCCAUGAAACAACAAA